AUGGGUUAUUGGCAAACCAAGGUGCUUCCAAAGAUCAAGAAGGUCUUCGAGAACAAAAACAGUGGAAAAAAGGCUGCUGCUGCUGAGGCUUGCAAGUCCUUUGAUGAGUCUAAGGAGGAUUAUAGCAAGCAGUUUGAAGAGAAGAAAGAUGAGCUUCAAGCAAAAGUAGUUGAAAUAUAUGAAGGUUCCUCUGUUGAGAUUAAGAAUUUGGUUAAGGAGCGCAAGGAGGCAGGGUUGAAGAAGCACUCAGCUGCAGUCCACAAGUUCCUUGAACAGCUAGAGAAAAUUGAUUUUCCAGGAUCCAAACCAGUAUCAGAAGCAUCAUCAAAGUAUGGGCCAGCCUAUGUGUCAGGUCCAGUUUUCUUUGUGUUUGAGAAGGUCUCAACAUUCAUUGUGGUAGAGGAGAAAGUGGAGCCUCCACCACCACCACCAGCAAUAGAAACCACAGCAACAAAAACUGAAGAGGAAACAAGUGGUGCUGUAAAAGAAAGGGAGAUAGUGGUUGAAGAAGAGAAGAAGGAAGAGGUUGUGGAGAUCAAGAAAGAUGAAGAGGUUGUGGAGAUCAAGAAAGAUGAAGAGGUUGUGGAGGUUAAGAAAGAAGAGGCGGUUGAGAAAGCUACAACAACUGAGACUGAACCAGCUUCUGAGGCUCCAAAGGUGGAGGAAACUGCUGCUGCAGAACCAGCAAAGCCUUAG